UUUUUUAAUCAUACAUAUUAGCUACAUAUAAGAAUCAUAUAUCAGAUGAAGUUUCAAAACAACCUAGUUAAGCACCUAACACUUUUGCAUCCUGGCUCCACGACUUACUAGCUCUGCACCCUUGAGCAUGUCACUAAUCUCUCUGGGCCUCCUUCUCCUUAUCUAUAAAACUAGGAUAAUACAUAAAGUUAGUAACAAUACUUAUUAAAUUUUUAAAGCUUAAAUCAACUCUUAUAAGGACUUAACACAAUGACCAGCACAUAAAAAGCGCUCAGUGUAUAUUAGCUUUUCUUUUCCAGCACCCAAACUUGGCUAAAUACAAUACAGUUUUAACCUGGGAUCGCAUGCUCUAACACUGAAUUCCUAUGGAGAGACUUCCUCUCUCCAAAACUGCAUGAAUCCUAUAACACAUAACGAGCAGCUCCUGUCUGUCCAGCCACUGGGGGAUACAAAGAUGACCUGCCCAGGUUCCCUGGCCUCCAGGGCUGGAGACCGUGAGGGUAGGCGCCCGAUACGGAGAGGUCCCUGGUGACGGGAAGGGCUCCCAGGUUCCCACCGCCGGCAUCCUCAGCGCUCGGCCGCCGCCAGAGGGCGCCCUGCGACCUCCGGCACCCGCAGGCCUGGCGACAGGGUCCCGCGCUUGGAGCUAGGACUGAAGGCCGCGCGCCGGAAGGCGGGGACCGGGGCCUCGGCGGGGACACCAGGCUCGGCCUGCAGUCCGCGGAGCGCGAGGGGGCGCUGCGGGGCCGGGCGGGCGCGGCGCGGAGGAAGUGCCGUCUUGGCCACCGCCUCCUGAGCCGCGCCGCGGGGCAGCCAGAGCCGCGCAGGUCGCGAUGUCGUCCCGGCGGGGGCGCGACGACGAGCGGGCCGGGGCCGCGAGGCGGACGCGGGAGCCGGUGGAGGAGGAGGAGCUGCAGCGGCGCCGGGAGCAGAGGCGGCGGCGGCACGACGCGCAGCAGCUGCAGCAGCUCAAGCACCUGGAGUCCUUUUAUGAAAAACCUCCUCCUGGGCUUAUCAAGGUCAGUGUGAAGUUUGUCCUUUUGGGAGUUCUCUUAGACACAUUCAACUCAGUGUUCAGACUCGUUUUACAGAAAUAUAUCCCCUUUUUUUUGUUUUUAGGUUGGCGUUGUAAACGGUAUGGUCACCGAACGGGCGACAAAGAAUGCCCUUUCUUUAUCAAAGGCAACCAAAAGUUAGAACAGUUCAGAGUAGCACAUGAAGAUCCCAUGUAUGACAUCAUACGAGAGAAUAAAAGACAUGAAAAGGAUAUAAGGAUACAACAGUUAAAACAAUUACUGGAGGAUUCCACCUCAGAUGACGAUGGGAGCAGCUCCAGUUCCUCAGAAUGUAAGGAGAAACACAAGAAAAAGAAGAAGAAAGAAAAGCAGAAGAAAAGGAAGAAAGAAAAGAAAAAGAAGAAAAAGCGAAAGCAUAAGUCUUCCAAGUCAAACGCGAGUUCAGACUCGGACUGACAGGAACUUGGCUUUGCAGCGUUCUCGUCUCAGAGCUCAAACACGGGCCAAAGCACGGAGGGACAUGGGGUCAGGGAGGACGCAGAGAGCGACACCAAGGAGGAGGCCACCCGGUGGCACACGUGACUCUCACCUACCUCCCAGUGAGCACGUGACCCCAGAGUGAGUUGUAUGGUCCCAGGUGCUAGCGGCUGAUUUCAGGCAGGAAAGCUCUUUUCAGCGUCCUCCUCCCUGCUGAUCACUGUGGUUUCUGAUUCCUUAGCCAUGUCAGGGUGGCCGGACUAGGGGAGUGUGAGGACGCCCCUCCAGGUGCUGUCACCCUCCAGAGGGAGGCUACUUCACCCCCGUAGACUUCAGGCUUGACUUUUCUCUGCUGUGGAGGAUAAUAAAAAGUCAUUAUUUAUUUUUUAAA